AUGGCCCAGUCUCAUUCCUUUGAACCAUAUAUUCUGACACCCUUGGACCAUUCAACUGCGCCAGUUCAUUUCUCGUUCUUCCUUACUUUUCUGUGCCAGAAUCCCGCCGCAGGAGUAUCAGCAUUGGAAAAAGGUGUCCAGCGUCUAACUACGCUGCUUCCAUUUUUGUCAGGCAACGUUGUCCCAUCCAUUCAACUAAAAGACACAAAGAAUGUCUUCGAGGUGCAACCGACAGAUCCAUCCCAUCUGCGCAAGCUACCCAUGCUCAAGAUAAAGCAGCAUGCGCAGUGUAUCUCAGCCCGUAAUAUUGCUCUGAACACUCCUGCUCUGUCCUCUGAUGAUCUUCUCAAUCUUCGCUUUAUACCUCUCCCAUUUGGUACCCCUGCCUCCGAACCGCAGCCGGUUCUACGACUCCAGGCGAAUGUGAUGGCCGAUGGCAUUGUUCUCUGCGUGUGCUUCCAUCACCUUGCCACUGAUGGUCUUGGAAUAUCAUCAAUCACGCAGGCUCUCUCUGAGUGCUGCCGCAAUCCCGACCAACCGCCUGAAAGACUGUUGUCCUCUCCUGAAAGCGAGGCGCAAAGCAGGACAAGAAUAUUCCAGAGCGGAAACGAAAUCCACCGGGCCCUGUACAACGGCCAUGCGUCCUCCAUUCGGAAGGCAGCACUAAGCUCUGACCCUGGAGCCCUAACCAGCUGCCGCUUUUGCCUCGACGCUGAGCAGAUAAGAAGGCUUCGCGAAGCCUGUACCAAGGUGCGCUGGAUCAACCCGUCAGCCCCUAAAUAUGAUGCCAGCCGGCAAGGCUUCUCUAACAACGAGGUCGUAACCGCUUUGAUCUGGCUUUGCGGAAUGCGUGCACAGUCGCGCGCGACAUCAAUAGGGAGGAAUAGGCCUUCAUUAGCUGGCCUCAACUCUUCUCUCUUGUUUGCGGUGGAUGUUCGUGGGAUUCUCAACAUCCCACGUACAUAUAUGGGCAAUGCAAUCGCCACUCCUACAUCCACGUACCACUUCAAAGAUACAGAGUUGCAUGGUGCAGAUACUUUGGUGUUCGAUACAGACACUCCUAGUGACUUGCACGAAUUCAACCCAAAUGACAUUACCCUUCUUGCCAACCUGGCUCUAUCAAUCCAGCAAACAUACCAGUCUGUCAACCGCAGCUAUGUCCGGAGUGCCAUCUCGACUAUCAUGGCAAGCAAAGAUUGGCUCCUUCCGGCCAAGCAUGGUGACUUGUCAGUCAGUAGCUUGCGUGACGCACCGGUAUACGAUAUGGAUUUUGGCCCGUGUUUGGGGACCCCUUGUGAUGUCGAUGUGCCGGAUAACAGAACGGAUGGACUUGCCUGGAUCACACCGGCACGCUCUGACUAUAGUGCUCGCUUGAUGGGCUAUCGAAGUAGGGGAUUCUGGGAGGUUCGACUUUCAUUAAGUCCAGCUGCAAUGGAAUCCCUUAGAAGCGAUAGGCUGUGGCGGCAGGUCACCUUGGAGAAGCCCAAGGAAAGAACAAGUGCUAUUCAGGGCAAAUUGUAG